GGGGGGAGCUCGCCGCGCUUCCGGGGUGCGGGUCACGCAGCGCGCGGCACCGUGACGUCAGCGCGCCCUUGCGUCACGGCGCCCUGCCGGAGGCGGCGGCCGCUGGCCCGCGGGAGGGGGAGCGCGUCCCCCCGCGCCCGUUUGCUCCUCUCCCUGCUCCGCGGCGAUGGCUUCCAGCGGGGAAGAGCUGAGCAGCAGCUCCCCGGACUGGGCGGACAGCGGCACGGACCUGUCCUGCCCGGAGCUCGCCGGAGCCAGCGCCUCUCUGCUCGACAGCGGGGAGGAUUUUGAGGUCCUGGAAGAUGACGACGACGACCUGAGCGAGCUGCCGCCGCUGGAGGACGUGGGCCGGGCGAGGACCCCGGCGAAGGAGGAUGCCCGGCCUUCGGAGCAGGCCCCGGGGGAAGCAGCGGAGGACCCGCAGGAAUGGCUCGAUGUCCUGGGGAGCGGCUUGCUCAAGAAGAAGACCCUGGUGCCGGGCCGGGGGGCGGAGAGCCGGCCGCGCAAGGGCCAGGACGUCACCGUCCGCCUCAAGGCCAUGCUGGAGGACGGCAGCGUGGUGGAGGAGAGCCCCGGCCUCACCUUCACGCUGGGAGACUGCGACGUCUUGCAGGCUCUGGACCUGUGCGUGCAGCUUCUGGAAAUGGGAGAAACGGCCUUGAUCGUGUCGGAUGCCAAGUACUGCUACGGCUCCCAGGGCAGGAGCCCCGACGUGCCGCCCAACGCGGCCCUCACUCUGGAGGUGGAGCUGCUGGAGGCCCGGGACGCGCCGGACCUGGAGCUGCUCGACGGGAAGGAGAAGAUAGGACUGGCCAACCGCAAGCGAGAGCGCGGCAACUUCUACUACCAGCAGGCCGAUUACGUGCUGGCCAUCAACUCCUACGACAUCGCCCUCAAGGUCAUCGGCUCCAGCUCGAAAGUGGACUUCAGCCCCGAGGAGGAGGCCGAGCUGCUAGACGUGAAGGUGAAAUGUCUCAACAACCUGGCGGCCUCCCAGCUCAAACUGGACCAUUACGAGGCCGCCCUGAAGUCCUGUAACCUCGUCUUGGAGCACCAGCCGGGGAACAUCAAGGCCCUCUUCCGAAAGGGCAAGGUCCUGGCCCAGCAGGGAGAAUACAGAGAGGCCAUCCCCAUCUUGAAGGCGGCUUUGAAGCUGGAGCCUUCGAACAAGACCAUCCACGCCGAGCUCUCCAAGCUGGUGAAGAAGCACGCGGACCAGAAGAGCGUGGAAACGGAGAUGUACAGGAAGAUGCUGGGGAAUCCCAGCGCCAGCGGGGCCCCGGCGAAGUGCAAAGACAAGCUGCCCUGGUCCAUCCCCUGGAAAUGGCUCUUCGGCGCGACAGCCAUCGCGCUCGGCGGCGUGGCCUUGUCCGUGGUCAUCGCAGCGAGGAAUUAACGGCACUGGCAGAGCGACGCCGCCGGGACCCGCGCCGGGAUGGUGCCUCCCUCCAGCUGGGGACGAGCCGGGGCUUCCCGGUGCCCGGCGGCUCCGCCAACCUCUCCCCCUGCGGACUGGCAAUUGCCGAAAUAAGGAUGUGCUCUCGGCCGGAGGCGCCGGACCCCCCUCCCGACGGAGACCCCUGAACCUGCCCCGGGCGCGUUGGGAGCGUCUGCGCUGGGAUACGCGGCCGGGAGCGGUGGCGGGAAGGACGCCCCGCCGCCCGCUCCCCUCCUCGCCACAGCCCCGGCCUCCGCCGCGUCCAAGGAAGCCAAAGAAACCCUGGGCGCCGGGGACGCGGCCCCUCGCGCCAUGUCCUGCCUGGGGGCUCCCUCCGGCCCGGGGCCGCCUCCCCCCCACCCGGGUCCUCUGUGCCGGUGCGCGCCGGGGCCCGCAGCCGCCAUGAGGCACGCGCCGCCCUCCCGCCCCGAUCCCACUGUGAAAUUCCCAAUAAAGGACGAUUCCUUCA